UUUGUUCCCUAAAAUCUUCUUCGGUUUUGGCGCCAUCGGUUUCAAAUUAUGUACGGGCGCCCCCACCCAAACCUUCCAUUCUCUUCUCUCCGGCUCCGGUCCCCCUUCUCUCUGUUCUUUCGCCCCAUAAAAGCGCUUGGACGAGACCGACCUCUGAGUUCUAGGGUUGGCGCUCUCUCCUGGGAGAAGGGAAGGAGAAUGUCUGGUCUCCAGUUGCGAUCCUCCGCUCGAGCGGAGUUCACUUCGUGCGGAUCUUUGCUCCAGCAACUACAGGAUUUGUGGGAUGAAAUAGGGGAGAGUGACCAUGAAAGGGAUAAGAUGAUACUGCAACUUGAACAGGAAUGCCUUGAUGUAUACAGAAGGAAAGUAGACCAAGCCAGAAAGCACAAGGAAAAUUUGCAUCAGACCUUAGCUGAAGGUGAAGCUGAAACAUCUAAUCUCAUCUCGACACUUGGAGAGCGUGAGUCUUUUGUGCGGUUAGAAAAACCAAAAGGCACACUCAAAGAACAGGUUGCUGCGAUAAGUCCUUUAUUGGAUGACUUGAGGCGGAUAAGAGAGGAAAGAGUCAAAGAAUUUUCGGAUGUUCAAUUGCAGAUCAUGCGGAUAUGUGCAGAAAUUGCAGGAAACACAUAUCAGGGGAGUUCUCCCCAAGUGGAUGAGCGAGAUUUGACUCUGAAGAGGCUUGGAGAGUUGAAAUCUCAGCUUCAGGAGCUUCAGAAAGAUAAGAACCUCCGGUUGCAGAAGGUUAAUGCCCAUGUCAAAACAAUACAUGAACUGUCAUCUGUGAUGUCGAUGGAUUUCAAUAAAAUGCUCUACGAAGUUCAUCCGAGCUUCAUUGAUUCUGCAAAUAGUCAUUUUAAGAAUAUUAGCAAUGAAACCCUCGCUAGAUUAGCAGGAACUGUUCAUUCACUAAAGCAAGAGAAGAAACAGAGACUACAAAAGCUUCAAGAUCUAGGGAGUACAUUCAUUGAGUUGUGGAACCUCAUGGAUACACCAGAUGAUGUGCAAAAAAAAUUUGACCACAUAACAUGCUUGAUUUCAGCAUCUGUUGAUACAGUGUUAGAUCAAGGAUCCCUUUCACUUGACGUCAUUGAACAGGCUGAACUUGAAGUUGAGAGACUGAACAUUCUAAAAACUAGCAAAAUGAAAGAGCUUAUCUUGAAGAAGCAAAAUGAGCUUGAAGAAAUCUACAGAGCUGUUCACAUGGAUGUUGAUGGUGAUGCAGCACGAGAGAUGCUUCUCCGCCUCAUUGAAUCUGGGAAAGUAGAUCUCUCUGAGCUUUUCUCAAACAUGGACGAUCAGAUUGUGAUGGCCAAAGAGCAAGCCCUGAGCAGGAAAGACAUUUUGGAGAAGGUGGAGAAAUGGAUGUUUGCAUCUGAAGAAGAGAAAUGGCUUGAUGACUAUGAGAGGGAUCAAAAUCGUUAUAGUGCUGGUCGAGGAGCACAUAAGAAUCUGAAGCGUGCGGAAAAGGCUCGGAUGCUUGUUAGCAAAAUACCCUCCUUGAUAGAGAAUCUGUCUGCAAAGAUAAUAGCCUGGGAGAAGGAAAAAGGAAUCCCGUUCAUGUAUGACAAGAUAAGAUUGCUAGGAACCUUGGAAGAAUAUACUAUGCUUAGGCAGCAGAGAGAGGAGGAGAAGCGGCGAUCACGGGAGCAAAAGAGACUGCAAGAGCAGUUUACCGCAGAGCAUGAAGCUGUGUUUGGGAGUAAGCCCAGCCCAAUGCGGCAGCUAGCAGUGAAGAAGCCUUUGGGUCAGAGCUCCAACGUGAACAUGGCUAUUGGGACUCCGAUAGGUCGCCGUGUCUCAACACCUUUGGCCCGGCAUGGGAUCUCAUUAUCAAGUAAGGACAAAAAGGAGAGUGGAAAGAAAACUGCAAUGAUACCUGUGAACUAUGUUGCCCUUCCAAAGGAUGAUUCCUUGCCGCAGAAUAAUUCAGCUAUUGUAUCACCUUGAAAGUAGUCUGUUUCUCAAACCUGCAAAUCGAGUGCUAAGCUGUAGAAUUUCUUUUAUAUUUGCAUGACAUCCUGUGUAAUGUUGUAGCUCCUUUUUGUGAUGAUGGUUUUGGGGCUCUUUACUGUCACACCCUGGUUGCAUUGUAAAGAAUGAUACUCCAAAGUUCUCCAUCGGUCUUUAGUUUUGAACUCAAUCAUGUCCUUACCUAAUGUGAUUAAUAGGUUUGCAAUUUGGUUUUGAAUGUU